AUGACAGCCGACAAGGAGAAGAGAAGGGCAAUCAGCCGUGAGGCGGCGAGAAGGAGGCGGCGAGUGGAGUCUGAUGUCUUUAAAGAUUUAUCUCAUCUCCUGCCCCUCCAACCUUCCAUCCGAUCUCACCUGGACAAGCCCACGGUCAUUCGCCUCACCCUCAGCUACAUACGCAUGCAUGCAGUGCUCAAAGGUAAUUUUGGGACAAAAGCAGAACCCAGUCACACAGUAAAACGUGGACAAGCGAUCGAAGGUGCAGAAGAGGAGAAGACAGAUUUGGUGAAGAGAGACCAAGACGGAGGACAGGAUGAGGAGGAAAAAGAGGUGGAGGAGGAGACGAACAUGUACCUGAGGAUCCUGGAGGGAUUUCUGAUGGUCAUAUCCACUGAGGGAGACAUGAUGUACCUGUCCAGCAAUGUUAGCAAGUAUAUGGGCUUGACACAGACUGAGUUGAUGGGACACAACAUUUUUGAGUUUACUCACCCCUGUGACCAUGACGAAAUCAGAGGUAACCUACGUCUAAGAGCAGAGGAAGUUUGGUACGGUGCGAAGAGGGACUUCGUCAUGAGGAUUAAAAGUGCUUUGACACACAGAGGAAGAAGCGCCAACCUCAAGUCAGCUACGUGGAAGGUUCUCCACUGUCAAGGCCGAGGGAAGGUGUGCGUCGCCCAGUCUUCAGUAUCUUGCCUGCUGCUAACCUGCAAGCCUCUGCCUCUUUCACACACACUCCUGAGCGCACACACCUUCACCAGCCAGCACAGCAUGGACAUGAGGUUCACACACUGCGACCAGAGAGUGACAGAGCUUUUAGGUUACAAUCCUGAGGAGCUCCAGGGCCGCUCGUUCUAUGAUAUCUGUUACCCAGUGGACUGGAGAUGUUUAGCCAAAAAUCACUGGAACCUGUGUUUUAAGAGUCAGUCAGUCAGCGGUCAGUACAGGAUGCUGGUGAGAAGUGGCGGUUUUGUCUGGGUGGAGAGUCACAGUGCUGUCAUCCCCAGUGUCCGACCCUCCAAGUCCAGGCCCGGUGCCCAACAGCCGCUCUGCAUCCUCUCUGUUACCUAUGUCCUCAGUGGAGUGGAGCAACCGUCCCUGCGGCUGUCUUUGGACCAGGCUGUCCACAGGUAGAAGAGCUGAACCCGGAGUCUAAAGAACGGAACGAAACAGUCUGCUAAACGCUCCGUCCUCUACAAAAAACAACAAAACACCAAAAAUAUCAAAAAACAACAACAAUCUGCUCUACCUCCUUCUGUGAAUUCUUAUAAUUAA